CAGCCACAGGGAAGUUGCUUGUAGUCCUCUAUAGGCACGCUAGUUGAUUGCAGAAAGCUGAAGAGUUCUCGCCACUGGGAUUUAAAGCUCGGUUUUCAGUAUUUUCCUAUCCAUGGGUUCUAAUUUCCCUGACGUGGCGGCCCUGCUGUCAGACGCUUGCCGCCUGUACGGCGAGCUGUUCGCGGAGGAGCCCCCCCAGGUGGCGGUGUGUGCUCCCGGAAGAGUCAACCUGAUUGGGGAGCACACUGACUACAACCAGGGCUUCGUUCUUCCAAUGGCGCUUCCCCUUGUGACCGUGGUGGUAGGAGGUCCAACCUCAGCCCAGGAAGUUACUGUGGUAACAGCAGCCAAGGAUGCUGAUGAGCCGCGGAGAGUCGACUUCGCCUUGACAGGGGAUGGAUCAUCUCUGUCGCCAGGGUUACCUCGCUGGGCAAACUAUGUGAAGGGUGUUAUACAGCACUACAGAGCUCCUGCUCUCCCAAAUUUCAGAGCGGUGGUAACUAGCAGUGUCCCUCUGGGUGGAGGACUGUCCAGCUCUGCCUCUCUGGAGGUGGCCUUCUACACCUUCCUGCAGAAACUCAAGCCAGAUGAUGGAGAAAAACUGCCAAAAGUCCUGGCAUGUCAGCAGGCUGAACACACCCAUGCUGCUGUACCAUGUGGUAUUAUGGACCAGUUUGUGUCUGUUUUCGGCAGGGAACGACACGCUUUACUCAUUGACUGCAGGUCUCUGGAGGCCACACCGGUACCUCUGGCAGAUCCAAGCUUGGUCAUCCUCAUCACCAACUCUAACGUAAAACACUCGCUGACUGGCAGUGAGUAUCCAAUGAGACGUAGACAGUGUGAACAGGCUGCCUCUGCACUGGGGAAAGACAGUCUGAGGGAUGUUACAAUGAAAGAACUAGAAGAGGCCAUGGAGAGGCUGGAUGACGUAACAUAUCGAAGAGCUUGUCAUGUCAUCAAGGAAAUAGAGAGAACUGUCCAGGCUGCUGAAGCCCUCAAGAGAGGGUCCUACAAGGAGUUUGGCCAGCUCAUGGUGGAAAGCCACAAUUCUCUGAGGGACCUGUAUGAGGUGAGCUGCAGAGAACUGGAUGAACUGGUUUCGGCAGCCAUGGAGGUGGAGGGGGUCUUUGGCAGUAGAAUGACUGGCGGAGGGUUUGGGGGAUGCACUGUGACUUUGCUACAGGCUCAGGCCAUUGACAAGGCCAUACAACACAUACAGAAAUGCUACAGUGGAACUCCAACUUUCUACAUCACAACUCCUUCAGAAGGAGCACAAGCUCUCAUUCUGACUUGACCUCAGGUCUCAUCCCUGCUGUGUGAGCACCUACCUUGUUCUUUGGCCCAGACUGAGAGGCAUUUGGAAUCAUCCCAUUAACAUGAAGACAGACUACAAUAAAAACUUUUUACCACACUGAUGCUAUGUUUUGUCAUAUGCUACACGAAUACUUGUAGCAACUGUUUAAUCAUGAGAUGUAAAGAUAGAGUGAUUGUACUUUUAUGCUUAGAAAUAACUCCUACUUUAAAAUACAAUCAUCUUUUCAUUUUUUAUGAAACUAUUCAUGAUGUGAUCACAUGUGAAUUAAACUCUACACUGCUUAAAGCUUUUAUGAAAUAAACCAAAACACAAA